UAGCCGAUGUAAUAGUCAACACCAUCUCAUAAAGGUAACAGUAGAUGUAAUAUGUAACACCAGGUCAUAAAGGUAACAGUCAAUACAAUAGUUAACACCAGGUCAUAAAGGUAACAGUCAAUAUAAUAGUUAACACCAGGUCAUAAAGGUAACAGUCGAUGUAAUAUUUAACGCUAUGCUAUGAAGGUAACAGUUGAUAUAAUAGUAAACACUAUGGCGUAAAAAUAACGGUCGAUAUGAUAGUAAAACACCCAGUCAUAAAGGUAACAGUCAAUGUAAUAGUAAACACCCGGUCAUAUAGGUAACAGUCAAUAUAAUUGUAAACACCAUGCCAUAAAGGCAACAUUCAAUGCAACACUAAACGCCUGGUCAUAAAGGUAACAGUCAACAUUAUAGUUAACACCAUGCCAUAAAGGUAACAUUUAAUGUAAUAGUAAACACCAGGUCAUAAAAGUAACAAGCGAUAUAAUAGUAAACAUCGUGCCAAAAAAGGUAACAGUCGAUUUAACGGUGUACUAUGUCAUAAAUGUAACUGUCAAUAAAAUAUUUACCACCAGGUCACAAAGAUAACGAUUCGUUGCCUUUAUGUCAUAAAGAGUUAUUGACGUCAACACUCGUGGUAACAUUUUUAUCAUAGGUGACAUCCGCCUAUAUCCAUUGGUGCCAAAAGUAACACUGUUUAUCGUAGGUAACGCUGGAUUUCGUUGUCACUUAAGUAAUCGUGAUUUUAGGUGCUAAUGACAACUGCAAUCCGAGCUUAAACAGUAAUGAUAUCUUUCUUUAAAAAAGGUUAUGAAAUAUACAAAUAGUAAUAUGUACAUCAUUUCUUAAAUGUGGUUUUCUGAAGAAAAAAAUAGUUGUACAUAAUCAUUUACGGUGUUUGUUACCAUGAAUGACGAUGGAACCGGGUGCACCUUUUAUAACCAAAGGUGUCACUUUAAGUGUUGGCGAAUCUGUUACAUUUAUAACACUUUGUUGCCUGCAUGUUAUGAGCCCGCGUUACCAUUAUGUCCAGUUGCAACAAACUUACUGGUAGUUUGAAUUACACUUUCGCAGCAUACGGGAUGGUUUGUAAUUGACAAAUUAUCGUGUAUCCAGUUUUAUCUUAACUUAAUAAUAAUAUCUGCACCUUGAUGGUGAAGUUAUCAAUGAACAUGUACCAAAUAUACCUGAUAUGUACAGUUAUGUCCACGGCUUGAUCAGCCUAAUUUUUGUGCAGAUUAAUAAAAGGAUUGUCUUUAAUAAUUACAUUCUUUUGUCAAUUAAAAAUAUUAGUGUAUAUUUCUGUAAGAGAACGUCGUUUAGUGCAAAUUAGCAGAAACAAAGUGGGCAAGUUAUUUAAACAUGUGUGUUUCACCCAACAUCACGGGAUUGUUUUUAAUCUAAUUUCGAAGUCCACCUUUUCAUUCCAGGAAGGAAAAGCAAAACAGACAUACAUUUUUAAUGAAAAGAAAUUUCUACAGUGAUUAUUUUCAGUAAAUAAUGGAUGUUUGACAGCUGUAAAACAUUAAAAAUGAAGAGCUUGUUGACUUUUAUCAUAGUUUAUGUUUUAAUUCAGGGAUCUUGCAGUUCAGGUAUAGCUGAGACUGUAACAACCAUUGCAUCAUUAAAUUCCACGUACAUAACAACAGAAGAAAAUGCUGCAACACGUGUCACCACAGCGACAGCGUUUCCAGCCACGACAGCGUCGAAGACCACUGUCCAGUCUGGUGCUAGUAUUAAUUCCUCGUUGGCAUUUUCGACAGGAAGCGGUCUUACAGAAAAUGGACAAAAAGGAAGCGGAUUCACAGCUCUGUCUACAACAACAACUAGUCCAGGACCAUGGCGAGUUCUGACAUACGCCUUGUCUGCAGUAUCUGGCGUGUUUUUCUUGGCCUUCGCAACUACUGUUAUCAUUCUAUGUAAAAUGAGAACAAGGCUCCGACAAGCCAGCAAAACAUUGUACCCUAUAACCCCUGGCCCAGAUGAUCACGAGUACCUUGACCUUGAAGAAGGUAUUAAGAAAAAUAAUAAAAAGGCAGUCCAACUGACACAUAUAACCACGACACAUGAGGAGGAAGAAUUCGACAGUCCCACGUUCUCUCCAACACCACCAGCAAAACCAAAAAGGUUUUUCAAAAAUCCGCCACCAGUGCCUAAUUCAAAUCCACCUACAGACAAGUCUUCAGAUGGCGCUCCGCAACUUCCGGUGAGAGCAAAGAACAAAGGGCCACAGUCAAAGUUGUCGAGUGAAAAUAUGCAGGGCACAUUGUCUAGUGGAGGUAACAAACUAGCUGGAUCUAAUCCCGGUAUUGGUGAAACCAACGCCGCUUUUGUGAAUGACGAAACAAAUACAGAGGACGGCGAAAUGUAUGAGAGUUACGAACAUAGUAAUACUGCUAAUCUUACAGAUGGAAUGGACGACGAUGAUGAUAUGGAUAUACAGGGACCAUAUGAGGAACCUGUCAAAUCGUCUACCAUAGCAAAAGAACAACUACUACAACGCCAAGGCUCUUCUACUGGCCUCCCCGACUUGGCGGUACAGAGGAUACCAAGUCGAGAACAAAUGCAGGACACACCUCUACCAGUAGAGGAGGAAGAAACGUACGAUAAUGAAGAUUUUGGAAACGUAGAUCCUGACAGCGGCCUUCCAGACUUGACUGGUAUGCAAAAUAUUGAUGACUUGCAGUUUUUCGAUGAUCCUGAUGCAAUGACUGCACAAGUGAAUGGAAAUGGUACAAAUACUGAAGACACGGAAGAUUCCCAAGACAGCGAAGUUGAACAUAGCGAUGCACCUUCACCAACAGUAGAAUCAUUAGAUGAUUUACUUACUUACGAUGACGCUGAUAUGGCAAUUGCUGAUUUUGGUAUAAAUAAAGAUGGUGAUGAUGAACCUGGACUUUAUGAAGAUUUUGACAUAAACAAUGAAAAUGAAAUGCAUUUUAAUAUUCAUUCAGCAUUUGAUGAAGAAGACAGUUCUAACAAAGCAGACAUGAUCAAUAAAGAAACUAGUAAAAAUAAUGUUGUUUUAGAAAAUGACUUGCGAGAGAGAAAUACGACAAAUGAAAGAAGCGGUGCUGACGAAUCUGAAUUUCCAAAAGUUCCCCCGAGAAGGAAAAGCACCAUUGAUAAAAACAGACGUUCAGCAGAUCAAAUCACAACCCCUUCAAUAAGCAACAGUGCUACUAAUGAAGGCAGUGGCGUUCCAGAACCAAUUUCAAUUCCGUCAGUGCCUCCGAGAAGGGAUCUGUUGAGAAAACAAUCAGAAAGUGAAAGCGCUACUGGAAGUUUCGAUGAAAUGGUUUUAACAAUUGAAAAGCCACGUGAAAUAAAUUGGGAUACCUUUCCAACGAACAAUAACCCUGAGGAUAUCGUUCAAUUAAGACCCGGAAAGAAAGUUGGCGAGCAAGGACAACAGCGACCAAGGGAUUCCUAUUUUCUAUAUAUGGAAGAGAAACCUGUAGAAUUAAGUGAAACCAACACAAACGAUAUCUCUGAUAUGUCAGGUCUAACAGAAAUUUCAGAAAGAAGCGCGGAUUUAAAUGAACAAAAGGACACAUACAUAGGGUCCGUUGCCGCGGAGCUAUCAGAGGAAUCAGGAACAGACACUUUUUUGCACAUAAACGGCAAUGUACCAAACACUAGAGGGAGCGGUGUGGACGAUGGCGGGUUUGCCACGUGGGAGAACAAUGAUUUGAUUGAUUAAUUUCUUACUCAUGUACAACAUUAAAACGUAGUCCAAACACAUGUUGAUGACUGUAAAACUGUUUUAUGUGAAAGAAAUUUCGGACAAUGAAAACAGGUAACAGACAGAUUUUACUACUUUUUAAGCGAAAAGCUGAACAUGUCUUUUCUUAUAUGUGUGAAGUGCACAUAUAUCAUUUGUUUGCCGACCAUAUAUCGUUAGCAGUUCUGACAGCACAAACUGGUCUUUUGCACAACGGAAUCGGAUGGUUAUUUUUUUUCUGAUAAACGUAGACAUAAAAAGAACAAGUGCAAAGAUGGUUCCAAAACGCAUUAGUUCAUUAUUUUCAAGAAUCGUUAGAGACUUAACGCAUAACUCUGAAAUUUUAGCAAAACGGACAGAAUUAUAAUCUUAUUCUUGUGUCCAUUCUACCGAAAAAUUUUGGAAUUAUUGACCACUGCAUGUACGACUGUUUCAGACAUUGACGUCUUUUGAGCGGACUCUCAUUAAAGACUAUCUUUUCAUCAUACCGAUAACAGAAAUCAUAUUAACUAUCAGUACGUUUUUUUUUAAAGAUAUAAACUUUCAUUGUUUCUUUCUUUAUACCGUUUAUCUUUCUUCUCUUAUCUUACAAUUCGUUUUUCUGUGUCAUUACCUGGCUAAUGUAGUCAUAUCUUUCAAUUCGGACGGAGAAAUCAAAGUUGCAAACAGAUAUACUCCAUUUUUGUGCCCCCACUCCCAUGAGUGGUGGUGGUGGGGGGGGGGGGGCAUAUAGAUUUGCUCUUGUCCGUCCUUCCGAGAAUGUUGUGUCGCGCCUAGCUCCAAAAGUAUUUGACGUAGAGUCACAAAACUUUACAGGAAUGUUAGUCAGCAUGUGUAGUUGUGCACCUGGGGUUUCGCGUCCGGAUUCAUUCAGUCGUGUAGGAGUUAUCGCCCGUGACUUUGUAAAAAUUGGUCAUUUUAAUGUUGUAUCGCGCCUAGCUCCAAAAGUAUUUGACCUAGAGUCACCAAAGUUUACAGGAAUGUUGGUCAGCAUGUGCAGUUGUGCACCUGGGGUUUCGCGUCCGGAUUCAUUCAGUCGUGUAGGAGUUAUGGCCCCUGACUUAGUUAAAAAUUGGCCAUUUUAAUGUUGUGUCGCGCGUAGCUCCAAAAGUAUCCGACCUAGAGUCGUUAUUUCACUACACAAGACCGAACUUCUUUUCCAGA